UGGCGCAGUGCCAUCGAAAACAGUGCCAGCGACAACGCAAAGGCGAUCGCGCGUCUGAGCCCGCCGGAAGAUUAACGACAAUAAACUACUAUAGAGUCCCGUGAUCCAGAACAAUGCCCCCGACCAUGGGCAGGAAUGGAUCGCUCCUGCUGUUCGCCGUGCUUUUAAUCAUCCUGGAUGUUUUCCCCUCAGUGAAUGCCAAUUUGUGGACACGGCAUAAUAGCAAUGCCUAUCAGACCAGGAGGCGCUCCGGUCCGAGCAAUCGAUGUCCCAAGGUGGGUGCCAUUAAAAACUUUGAUUUGGAACGGAUGAUGGGCUGCUGGCACGUUGUGCAGUAUUAUGCUUCCACGGAAGAACUGCCGGAAUACGCUUGCAUGCGUAGUCACUUCUCCUUCUCCAAGGAUGAUCAACAUAUAACGAUGAAUUUUAGUUAUAUAUUCGCGGAAGAUCCGCUGCGAGAGAAGCUGGUUGGCAACAUCACCUGGAUGAUACCCAAGUUCGAGGAGCCGGGACACUGGCAGCACACGGAGGAUAUAUAUGAGGGCAUCUACAAUACGUACGUCCUGGAUACGGACUACGACAACUGGGGUCUGGUGAUGCACUGUGCCGAAAAGAAAAAGCAACCGCGCUACCUUUCCGCCCUGCUUUUGGCCCGCAAACCAGCGUUGGCCGAUAAUGAGAUCAGUUUUCUACGGGGAAAGUUGCCGCAGGAUAUCGACGCAUCCUUUAUGUUCGACAUCGGUCAGGAAUCUUGCGACAAUCUGAUGGAAUCAAGUCGGGACGAUCCGCUGGCCUAUGUCGUAAAUGGCCGCCAGAAUGCCAAGGAGAUAUUUAAGAUUGUCAAUAAGCUGUGACAUUUAUGUAUUUACAAAAAUGCAUCUUGUUCUUAAGUAAGAUCCUUUCAAAUAAAUGUUUGAAAUCUUUUAUGUA